CAGGGGUGGCGCGCGCUCGCCCCCUCGCCCCCUAGCGCUCCCGCAGUCGGCUUUGGGCCGCCCGGUUGGCUCCGACUGGCGGCCGGGCGCGCGACGUACGAUGACGUGAAGAGGCCCCGCGCUGCCGAGCACGCCAUAGCCGUUCCGGAGCUCGGGACUCUAAAAUGGCAGAGCAACUUUCGCCGGGAAAGACCACGGACCAGGUGUGCACCUUCCUCUUCAAAAAGCCCGGUGCACGAAAAGGGGCUGCAGGCCGCAGAAAGCGCCCGGUCUGCGACAAGGAGUCCGGAGACAGCAGCGGCAGCAGCGACGAAGGCAACACAGUGGUUCGCCCGGAAAAGAAGCGGGCGAUCCACAACCCGAUGAUACAGAAGACUCGUGGCAGUGGUAAACAGAAGGAGGCUUACGGCGACUUGAGCAGCGAGGAGGAGGCGACCGAGCCCGAGAGCCUUGGCGUGGUGUACAAGUCCACCCGCUCGGCCAAGCCCGUGGGACCAGAGGAUAUGGGUGCGACUGCGGUCUACGAGCUAGACACAGAGAAGGAGCGUGACGCGCAAGCCAUCUUUGAGCGCAGCCAGAAGAUCCAGGAGGAGCUGAGGGGCAAGGAAGAUGACAAGAUCUAUCGGGGGAUCAAUAAUUAUCAGAAAUACAUGAAGCCCAAGGAUACGUCUAUGGGCAAUGCUUCCUCCGGGAUGGUGAGGAAGGGCCCCAUCCGAGCUCCCGAGCAUCUACGCGCCACCGUGCGCUGGGAUUACCAGCCCGACAUUUGCAAAGACUACAAGGAGACUGGCUUUUGCGGCUUCGGAGACAGCUGCAAGUUCCUCCAUGACCGUUCAGAUUACAAGCAUGGGUGGCAGAUCGAACGUGAGCUUGAUGAGGGUCGCUAUGGCGUCUAUGAGGAUGAAAACUAUGAAGUGGGAAGCGAUGAUGAGGAAAUACCAUUCAAGUGUUUCAUCUGUCGCCAGACCUUCCAGAAUCCAGUUGUCACCAAGUGCAGGCAUUAUUUCUGUGAGAGCUGUGCGCUGCAGCAUUUCCGCACCACCCCUCGCUGCUAUGUCUGUGACCAGCAGACCAAUGGCGUCUUCAAUCCAGCGAAAGAAUUGAUUGCUAAGUUGGAGAAGCACCGAGCUGCGGAAGUGGGUGGUGCUUCCGAUUUCCCAGAAGACCCCGAUGAGAGUCCAAACCCCAUCACUUAGUUUUCCUAUUAUUCUCAUACCUCAAAAUAAAUACUUUUGUUGUUUUGGAAA